AUGCCCCGAGCACGAAGCCGAAGCCGAGAGCCCAGCGAAGGCCACGACCCCGAGAAUGUAAUGAGGGGAUACAAAGCCACCCUCCGGAACCCAAAUGUCUCGGACCAGGCCAAGCAACACGCGCAGCAGGAGCUCGAUAGAUACGAGAGUGGUCAAGCCACCAGCACGAGCGAGGAUGAGCGCCAUGCGUCCAAUGUGAAGAGGGGGUUGAAGGCGGCAACGCAUAAUCCCAACGUGACGGAUAUGGGGAAGAAGCAGGCGAGGGAUAAAUUGCAGGCGAUGGGGGAGCAGCCCGAUCAGCCGAGUGAUUAG